CGAGUCCAAGUGGAGGAAGCAGGAGCAGAGACGCAUUAUUGCAGUAGCCUACAGAGCCACAACACUUUGCGCGGACGGAACGCGCACAGAGAGAGAGAGAGAAAGAAAAAGAAAGAGGAGGAGGGGGUUAAAGAAAUCAGCUGAAUUUCAUGACUGGACUUUUUCAUUCAUUCUCCUCUUUUAAAAAAAAAAUUCACGCAGUUUUUCCAGCAGCUUCAGACGCUUCUGACUGAGGCAGCCGCGUGUCUGUGAGGACGCAUCAUCACCACCAUCAUCAGCAUCACCAGGAGCAUCGAGCUGCAGGAACCUGAAGUGGAUUUGUGACUUUCCUCCUCCUCCUCCUCCUCCUCCAGCUUCUCCGGCUCACUCGUCCGCACAGUAUUGCGGCACUUGGCCACAGAGAAUCCGCUCUGCUCCACUGCGCCAACAACAACCUCCAUUUUCCUUUUUUCAUCAAAGCCUGGACUUUGUUCGGAACCACUGCCCACAAACCCAGUCUCUUUCGUCCCCUCUGUGAUCUUUCAUCUCUCUUUUUCCUGUCGUGGUGGUACUUCAGACCCUCCCUCCCUCGCUCCCUCUCCUCCCUCCCUCCGCUGCCGUGCGUCACUUCUAACAGCUGCAUAGAAGAUGUCUGCCCCAGAUGCUGCCCCAGCUGGAGCCCCUGGUGCUCCUGGAGCCCCUGGUGCAGAUGGAGGCCCAGCUGGCCCACCUCCAGGCCCACCCAACACCUCCAGCAACCGCAGGCUACAGCAGACUCAGGCCCAAGUCGAGGAGGUGGUGGACAUCAUGCGGGUGAACGUGGACAAGGUUUUGGAAAGGGACCAGAAGCUCUCAGAGCUGGAUGACAGAGCGGAUGCUCUCCAAGCCGGAGCCUCUCAGUUCGAGAGCUGUGCAGCAAAGCUAAAGAACAAGUACUGGUGGAAGAACUGCAAGAUGAUGAUCAUGAUGGGCAUCAUUGGAGUCAUUGUGGUUGGAAUAAUAUUCUUAUACUUCUUCUACUGAACUCAGCCCAUCCGUUUAGAUGGGUAUGGACUUAAGAAUGAUACAAGAGGGAAGAGGGAAAAGAAGAAUGCAACUCCUCCCCCUUUUAUCUGUCCUCUCCUCCCUCUUUUCACAGUCUUCCAUCAAACCAUCUUGCACUUAAACAUGACUCCAGUGUUUGUAGGUGUCUCUGCUUUCUUUGUCCCCCUUUCCCCUCCCUUGUUUUUGCUUUCUUCCACUGGUUUGACGUGAAGUCACACUCACUCUCUCCUGCCUCUGCACCUCAUGUGCUAUUGAAGGUCGCAGCAGGCAGAGAGAAAGGUGAGGAAGAAAGGGAACGAGGGAGAGAGAGAGAGAGAGAGAGAGAGAGAGAGAGAAUCCCUGUGACGGGAACACGUGGGGCGAAGCCCAAUGAACGGAGCUUUGGGGGCAAAUGUUCAACGUACAGAGGGUGAACGUGUGCAGCGAGAUUGAACCAGUCCUUUCUACACCCGAUACACCAAAGCUUGUUCAUAUUAACGUUUUUGAAAGUCCUGCAUUUGUAAAUUGAUACUGACAAGACAAAACUAACACACUCUGUCUCAUUUCUGCUUAUUAACACAAGGUCAUGUUAGAUUAAGAUUAUGCUCAACUUUGUUGUAAGCGUAAGUAUUUGUGAUCCAAAAACACAGUAGCAUAUAGCUUUUUCCAAGUUUAGCUGAUUAGGGCUUUUAUUAGUGAGUUUCAUUUACUUUCCUGUCUAACAUUUUCUCUUGCGUAGCUUCUUAUUUCUCCAGUGUUUAGUAUAAGUGAAGUAGAUGAAGUGACUGUGUAAGAAUAGUAGUUUUUUCUUUUUCUUU